GGCGUUUUGGGACCUCAUCAAACAUAUUCCCCCACAUUAUCCGUUACGAUAUUUAACAAACCACAACCAAGCAAAUCUUUUGUUUUCUCACCCACUUAUCCAUAUUCAGUAAUUUUACAUGAUGUGCUAUAGAUAUCUACAUGUGCAUGCUUAUCUUCUUCUUACAGCUUGAGCUACAAAAAUGUUGACAUUCCCACUUUAUGGUUGUGAGUUAUCUUCAGAAUCCAAGAUUCUAGCUUUUGCUGCUCCACUGCUUUCUAUCUCGCAUACCAAAAGACAGGUUGUGCUAGGACGAUGCGAUUCCAUCAAAGUUUCUGCAGCUAAAUCCGGAAAUUUCUCCCUUGGUUCGAUAUUCAAAAGCUGCGACACUUGUGGAGCCAAAGGAGCAAUUGAGUGUCCCGGUUGCAAGGUUUCUUAUUUAUGCAUACACUUCUUCUUUUGUAGCAUUUAUCUUAUCAUACAUAUAAAGAAAAAAAAAAUCGUAUGUUACCUCCAGGGAACAGGUAGAAAUAAGAAGAAUGGAAAUAUUUUCGAGCGGUGGAAAUGUUUUGAUUGCCAAGGAUUCGGUAUGAAGAGCUGUCCUAAAUGUGGCAAGGGAGGUUUGACGCCAGAGCAGAGAGGAGAAAGAUAGAACUAUACUACUUGUUUUUAAUAAACAUGUAUCUAUCUCCAUUACUUUGUAGUUAUAUAUACUAAAAAAUAUUAAUAAUUUAUCUUUUCGACAGAAUCUGAGUUCCCU